GAAAGCAACUCCUACUUGACAACAAACCGGUGUGACUGUGAAUGUAUGAUGCCUGGUGGUGUGUGCUGAGUACGAAGUUCUGUUUACGGUUUAUCACUUAACAAGGGGCAGUGACCAAGUACGUACAUUUUCGGGGCUUGUAAUUUGCACAGGCCUGGUUGAUAACGUACACUUGUUCCUCCAUGCUAUAAUUUACCGUCCCAAAGUUCUGUGUACGGGCGGAGAUUUGUCGUCGCGAUAGUUCCGGCAGGAGAUGCCAGCGAGUUCCACCCGUGCGACUCCAGACGGCGGCAGCCGAUUCGCCCAUGCCAUGGCCAGCUCAAGGCCUGUUGACAACACGUGGAUCGAGGACUCCAAGAAGGUGGAGACUUUCGAAGAGGCAUACAAGAUUGGCAAGGAACUUGGAAGGGGUGCAACGUCAGUAGUUCUGAGAUGUACGCAAGUAGGAACAGAUAAAGCACAUGCUGUCAAAGUCAUCAAGAAAACAGUUGACCACAAGGUUGUUAAAACAGAGACUGACAUUCUUCUCAAACUCAAGCACCCAAAUAUUAUCAGACUCAAGGAGAUCUUUGAGACAGAGGAGAAGCUGUUUCUGGUGUUGGAGCUUGUGACGGGCGGAGAGUUGUUUGAUCGCAUUGUUACCCAGGGAUACUACUGUGAGAAAGAUGCAGCCAAUGUUGUCAGACAGCUGUGUAGUGCUGUGAAGUACCUCCACGAAAACGGAAUAGUCCACAGAGAUUUGAAGCCAGAGAACUUGCUGUAUGCAGACAACAGUGAGAAUGCGUCCCUCAAGUUGGCCGAUUUUGGCCUCGCAAAAAUGCUGCACAAAGACGUCCAGAUGCAGACCGUUUGUGGAACACCGGGUUACUGUGCUCCAGAAGUGCUACUAGGCCGGCCCUACAGCCCCGCCGUUGAUAUGUGGAGUGUUGGGGUCAUCACCUACAUUCUACUGUGCGGUUUUGAGCCCUUCUAUGACGAGAAAGGCGAUCGUUACGUGUACAAGAAAAUCCUCAAGGCAGAGUACGAGUUUAUGUCGCCGUGGUGGGACAAUGUCUCCCAAAGUGCAAAGAUUUUCAUCGAGAGCUUACUAGUCCUAGACAGGAAUAAGAGACUGACUGCUGCACAGGCCUUGGAGCAUCCAUGGGUCAAGGGCACUGUCAGCAAGGCACCACUACAGUUGGCAGAGAACAUCAAGGAAUUCAAUGCCAAGAGAAAGCUUAAGGCCGUAACAAAUGCGGUGAUAAUGAUGAAACGGCUCCACACGGGGGAGUGGAAGACGCCCAUCAGGCCCAGAGCGGCACCUCCGAGCCCGCCCACUGUGGAAACCGAGCAGAGCGUAGAGGCUCAGCCCAUCCAGCAGGCUACACAGGCAGAAUGAUCUGGCAUGCCAACACACACCCACUUCUGAUCAUCAUCUCACAACAGGAGAAGAGGCUGAGUCUUCAACAAGGAGUGCACUGACAUCAUAUAAUGCCAACAGGAAAGCCAAAGAAGAGAUUAUGUUUUUAACAGAUCAUAAGGCGGUAUGAUGGAAUAUACAUUUAAAAGUAUUGGAAAUCAAAUCCAGUUGGGUAUGUGUUACCAUGGCUACAUGCUCUUACAGUUUUCCGUGCCCCAAAAUAACAUUGUAAAAUCCGUCGCUGAUAUGUGUAAUUUUAGAGGGGGCAUUUACUGAGAUUUUAAGUUACAGCUAGUACCCAGGUUCUUGUCUUCCUGUGGGGUUUGAGAUGUGUCAACAGUUUUGAGUGAAGUUACAAAUUGACGGUAUAUGCCAGCCUCACAUGUGGACCUGUCAUCAAAAGAAGUCCAUAUGAUGUAGAUUGUGCAAACAGUGUGUGGACUAAGCCAGGUCCACAUAAUUCCCCCCCCCCCCCGCUGGAAACAGUUUAGGGGCAUAUCUGGGUUAGGUCUAUUCAAAAGCAAAAGGAACGAUGAAGGAAACCAAUGACGAGAAUCAGCUUAAAGAGCAGUCAAGUGCACCAAAAAGCAGUAUUUUCACUGAGCAUUCUGAAGUAUGUAUUCAAAAACAAAGGAAUGUCAACGCUAGGUUGGGAAUAUAAACGUGUGUCUGUGAUGAAGACGGAAAAGAGAGGUACAUGUAUUUGAGUGUCUUGAGAAUUGGCGCAUAGGAAGGUACCAAAUCAAGUGCAGUCUGAAUAUGUUACUCAAACACAGAUAAGGACUACUUUUUUCUUAACUUGUAAUUUUGUUCCAAGCAAUGAGUGGGGUCUGGUUCUUUCAUUUUUAGU